GCACUCUUCUCCCUUCUCUGUCGCAGCCUUUUCAAGUCAAUCACCGGACUUUGCUCAUCGAUGGAUAACGUAUCGGAACUGGACUUGCCGGAGGCCUUCCUUGAUUUUCUUGAAGCGAACGGGUUGGACCCGUCGAUUUACGUCGCAGGUGACUGUAUUCCUCGCUAUGUAAGGUUGAAGCCUGGUAGAGCCGCUUAUGUGGAAGAGAUUGAAGCUGAGAUUAAGUGUAAGCUUGAGAAAGUAGGUUGGUUGCCUGGUUUUUAUUCGCUUCCGCCUGAUAUUCAGAUUGCUAACACAAAGGCUUACAAGGAAGGAAAGGUAGCCGUGAUUUUGCAGUUAUUCGCUGGAGUUUCCAAGACCUGCUGUUCUGUUUUUCCGCCUUCCGGAGCUGCUGUUGCAGCAUUGGAUAUCUCUACCGGUGAUCAUGUCCUUGAUCUAUGUGCUGCUCCUGGUGCUAAACUUUGUAUGAUAUUGGACCUCCUUGGUGAUUCGGGUUCUGUAACGGGUGUUGAUGUUGCAAGACAUCGCCUAGCUGCUUGUAGAACCAUGCUGCAGAAAUAUGCACUGGGUGAUAAGUGUCGUCUUUUCAUUGCUGAUGGCACAACAUUUUCCCUCCUACCUCCAAGGAACCAUUCAUAUUCCAAAUCAUAUGAAUCAGCAUGGGAAGGAAAAACAGAUGCAUUUGGGGAAUGGACUUCCAGGAGACCAUGGAAAGAAAGGAAAAGGCUGGCGAAAGCAAAGGAUGGUAUUGCUUCACUACCAGUUGCAGGCAGUGAAUAUCCUGAACUAAUUUUUUAUGGGACUCAUUCUGGCAUAGUUGGACUGAGUAAAACUGAAUUAUACAAAAAGAUGGAUGGUGAUGAAAUUUCUACCUGUGGAUAUGACAAGAUCCUUGUAGAUGCGGAGUGCACCCAUGAUGGGUCAGUUCGCCACGUCCAAAAGUUUGAGAAUUGGGGCUGGCAAACUUUUCAACGCCGUGUAUUGAAUGCAGAGAGAACUGAUAGCCUGACCACUCUUCAGUUAAAGCUACUCAGGAAUGGUUUUCAGUUGCUAAAAAUUGGGGGCUUUCUUGUAUACAGCACUUGCAGUCUUACAGCUGCUCAGAAUGAAGAUAUAGUAGAGCAGUUCCUCUCAGAAAAUGCUUUUGCUGAGCUCCAGGAGAUAGAGUCGGCCAAGCAAUGGCCUUGUAGGAGUGGGGGGAUGGCAAAGACGUUGCGCUUUGAUCCUUUGACAUCACAAACUAGUGGACUGUUUGUAGCAAAGUUCACCAAACUGGCUUCAUAACCAAGAUUUCUCCUCUGGUUUAUAAUUCACCGAUGGAUUACUAUCCUCUGCACCUAAUGAACUGCACGUUGACGGUGAAGUGGGCGGUCUAAGUUGCACAUACACGAGGCUUUUGUGGCGCUGUUUCCUUUAUGCUUUGAUUAUACUUAAGCAAGAGAUACUCCGGUGGACGUUGGUGAUGCUUAGUUGUCCGUUUUGAAGCCAUCACACUCUUAUGAAUUCAUUUACAAGAUCUUUCAAGGCCACUUUGUUGUUGUUUGGCAUAAUGGGGAGUGAAAAACUAAUGAAAUUAUUUAAUGCUCGUUUGACGUUGUUUACUUUGGAGGUAAUUGAACUUAAUCACUUCCUUGUUUAACAA